AUGGCUGAAGAACUGAAGAACCCUAUUGCCUUCCAAUGCAUUGAAUGUAGCACUAUUCUGACUGAUUCUUUCUUUUUAACCGAAAGAAUGAACGAUUUCCUUAUCUUUACUAAGGCCCCAAAUGUAAAGGUUGAAGAGGAGGUCUUACAGUCUACAAACGAGUCAGACUCACUUUGUUCUUAUCAUCUUAUCAGUUGUUUGUGUGGCAAGUCUUUAGGCCGUAAGUACUUAACCGUAAGUACUAGUAUGUCCAGUUGUUUAGGGAGUUAUGCUAUUCAGAUCAAAGAUAUCAGAGGGUAUCAACUAGGAGUUAGUUCACCAGGAACUGAACAGUCUUUCAUGACCAAUGCCGAAAUCAAUAGUGAGAUAAUCAGAUUGCAAAAGUUCUGUACUUAUCUCUAUGGUAAGAUAAAAGAGAGUAAAUAA